GCUCCGCCUCGGCCUUCAUGGCCAGCGUCACCGGGUCCAUGGGCGCCAGCUUCAAGAGCGCCGUCGCCCAGGCCAGCCAGAGCGCCGCGCUCGCCAUGAACUCGGCCGCCAGCGUCGUGCAAAAGGCUCAGGCCGACGCCACAGCCGUGAGGAACGAAGCCAACACCCAAGUGCAGCAAGCGCAGGGCGCGGCGCUGUCCGUGACGCAGACGGCGCUAGCCGUGGUCGGCGGCGUCAUCGGGUCGUCGCUACUGACGGUAGCAGCGUUUGUGCUGGUGCUGCGGUACCGCCGCCGCCGCCGCCGCGCAGGCGCACACCGCGGCGGCAGCACGGCGGGCAGCCGGGCCAACAUCGGGUACCCGGCGCUGACGGGGACGUCGAACAAGGCGGCGCUGGGCAACGGCGUGACCUACAACGAGGCAGACUACGCCGAGAGCAGCUACAGCACCGACGACGACUACCCGGCCGACAUCAAGGCGCCGCUUCCGGCGCUGGUGCCGGGGCGCGCGCUGAGCCGCAAGAAGAGCACCGCCACUGAAAAGAACAACAACAACAACAACAACAACGACGACGACGACGACGACGACGACGCCGCCGCCGCCGCCGCCGCCAGCACCAUGGGCCUGGCCGUCAGCUACUACACGCCCAUGACAGCAACACCACCACCGCAGAUGGCCACCAUGGUGACGGUCAAGAACGGCAUCAACGCCAACAAUGUAAACGGCGGCGGGUUCCAGCUCGGCGACCCGCCACCGCCCCGUGGCGCCAACACCAAGUUCACCCUCUUCCCCAAAGCCAGCAGCGACACGUCGAGCAUCAGCAGUCCACAGAUGCAGGCGCUGGCCGGCAACUACUCGCCCAUGAGCGAUGCCGCUGGGCCCAGUAGUGGGCUGCGGCAGCAGAGAGCGUCGUCACGGGGCGCCGCAGCGUUCCCCAGCCUCGACACGUGGCUGCGUGCCGGUACCGUGAGUCCGUUCGCUACGCUUCGAAGGGGCCAGGGACAGGGCUCGCCUGAUGCCGGGCGGAGGUGAUGUUUAUUUAUUUUAAUGGCAUUUCGGGACGGGGGGCGGCAUGGUUUGAUUUAGCGGGUGGAGAGGGCUUUUUUUGCUUAAUCUUUUUUUUUGGUUGGGCUACGUGCCUAGAAAGUGAGGCAGGGGUGCAGAGCGUGAGGAGAUACCUACCUGCCCCUAUACAUAUACCCCUUUUUCUUUCUUCGGCUUCUUCUCCGCCAAGGACUCACCUAGCCACUUGAUCUACCUUACUUAAUCAUGUAGUAAAACGCUUUACAAGUUUAUUCAUCCCGUGCUCCCCAAUGUCCGAUAUUUUGUCUGAUAUAUCUACGGAGUGUUCCUAGACUAUGUGGCUCGAGUUCGG